AUGACUGGGAGAAAACGAAGGGAUUAUAAAAAGGUGUUGCAGAAAGUGAACACUCUUCUCAGUGAACCGAAAGUAACAACGUUCGUUGUUGACUUUGAGGUCGGUCUAUGGCAGGCUUUGCGCCAAGUCUACACGGCUCCCGAUAUCAAGGGCUGCGCCUUCCACUUCGGCCAGGCAAUGUGGCGAAAGUGCCAGGAGAUUGGACUCGGUACAGCGUAUGUGAGUAUGAGAGUAUAUAAGUUGAUACGGAAGUGCUUCGAGCUCCCUCUUCUGCAACCAGCCGACAUCCGUCCCGCGUUCGGUAAAAUCAAGGAGAAAGGCCAAAGCGAACAACUAGCCCCCUUCUUCGCCUAUGUUGAAAACACGUGGCUGACGAACAACGUAUGGGCGGUUGAAAACUGGUCGGUGUACGGAAGAUCAGUGAGGACCAACAACGACGUAGAAGGCUGGCACAACCGCCUUAACCGGCGGGCGAAGAAGGGAAAUCUCUUAUUCUACCUGCUAAUCACCCUGCUGUUUGACGAAGCUAAAGAGGUGCCUAUGCAGUUCAAGCUCAUCAAGGAAAAGAAAUUACAUCGUCAUCAGAGUAGGCAGACCCGUGCAACCCAAGGGCGUUUGUGCGCGACUUGGGACCGCUACGGGAAAAAAAGAGAUUAG